ACUAAAAGUAAACGUAGGUCGUAGACAUAAUUUAACGUAUAUUGCGUCAAAUUUUAUAAUCACAGUAAUUACUUUUUAAAGAGUAAGAGUUCCAUAUGGUUAACGACAAAAGACCGGCGUAAUCGACGCCACAGUGAGAGAAUGGACGAGAAAUGUUAACUCUAGACGACCUAAAUUAAAGUAAUGAGAUGUUAACAAAAAACGAAUAUGUGAUAGGGGAACUUAAAAUGGAUAUUGUAAAAAAAUUCCAUAAUUUUUAAUCAUUUAAUUUGGAAAAUAGAGCCAUGAAAAGAAUACAAUUUUCGAUUUUAUUUGACAUAUGGAACUGAAGGACGACUGAAGGAAGCAGUCAGUGAAUAUAUGGCAACACCGCAUUUCUCGCGUAUAUCAGGGCGUUCAGGGUUCGUAUGAUGGACAGGUUGCAUGGAUGUGAUAUUAGAAGUUAAUUGUAAAAUGGAAGAUCAUCCUUACACAACUUUAAAUUCAUUUACAUAUGUUGAUUGUGUGAAAUCUUUAUCUGAAAAUGUUAUUGAAGGAAAAGAGAGUGACGAUUUUCUUAUACAAUUAUACAAGGAACGAAGAUAUUUAUAUGAUAAAAGUCAUAAAGAUUUUCAGAAUAAACAGAUAAAAGAAAAUGCGUGGUUCGAAAUUUCUACUAUUAUGCAACAAAAAAACCUAGGUAAGCGAUACACACCUAAAUAUUGUCAAACAAGAUGUACUUCUUUAAGAGAUCAAUAUAGUCGUGAAAAAAGAAAUAUUAGAAAUAAUUCCAAAAGUGGAAGUACUUGUUCAAAACGGAGAACAUUUCCAUUUUUUACUCAAUUAUCUUUUCUGGACAAUUUUAUUAAAAGGAGAAGAACUUUUUUCAACGUUGAACGAAAUAGGAACGCACUUCAAUUCAUAAAAGAUACAGAAGCAGUAAUACAUGAAGAUAAUAAUAAUGAAUCUACUAGCGAAUCGGAGUAUGAGCAGCAAAAUACUAUUAAAGUGCCUCAGAAAAGAAUUAUUAAUAUGUGUCAAGAUACGUCUCGAGACAUGGAGAAUCUUGAACAAGUAUAUGAUCGAGAUAGUAACCGUACCAAACAAAUAAGUGGUUUAAGGUUUAAAAGACGUAAAAUUGAAGAUUCAAAAAGUAUUGAUGAUACAUUGACGAAUAUCAGUAAAACAAUUCUGAAUUUCCUCAAAAGUACGAAAAAAAACACUACAGAUAGUAUAAAAACAAUUGAUCAGUCAUUUGCUAAUUAUAUUCGCGUACAUUUAGAAAAUAUUUCAGAACCCGAAAAAACAGUAAGAAAAAAGAUGAUAAUUGAUGCGCUUACUGCACCAAUACCCAAAAAAUAAUGAGAAUUACUGUAUUUUAAAAAAUUUUUUAAAAGUAUGCUUUUAAUAUUGUGACUUACAUUUGUGUUUAAAAAAUUAACUAGUAUUAUAAAACUUUUUAUUGUAAUAUUCUGUAAUAUAAUAUUA